AUGGUCCUGAGUGGGGCGCUAUGUUUCCGAAUGAAGGAUUCAGCUUUGAAGGUGCUCUAUCUGCAUGAAAACCAGCUUCUAGCUGGAGGGCUGCAUGCGGGGAAGAUCAUUAAAGGUGAGGAGAUCAGCGUUGUCCCCAAUCGGUGGCUGGAUGCCAGGCUAUCUCCAGUCAUCCUGGGCAUCCAGGGAGGGAGCAAAUGCCUGUCGUGUGGGACGGAGCAGGAACCGACUCUGAAGCUAGAGCCAGUGAACAUCAUGGAGCUCUACUUCGGUGCCAAGGAAUCCAAGAACUUCACCUUCUACCGGCGGGACAUGGGGCUCACCUCCCGUUUUGAGUCAGCCGCCUACCCAGGCUGGUUCCUCUGCACCAUGCCUGAAGCGGACCAGCCUGUCCAGCUCACCCAGCUUCAGGAGGACACUGGCUCAGAUGCCCCCAUCACGGACUUCUACUUCCAGCAGUGUGACUAGGGCAACGUGCCCCCCAGAACUCCCUGAGCAGAGCCAGCUCGGGAAGGGGGCGGUGAUGGAGGAGGAGACUCGUGGAGGGUGACCGCCCCCUCUGCUCUCGGGGCCCCCACUUCUGACUUACUGGGCACAUGGCCACUCUCUCUCUUCUCCUGGUUCCCAGUUUGGAUAAAUUAUUUUGAGAUUUGGGGCUCAAUCCAGUUUCCUUCCCCAUUGGUUGGUGCCACUGGUGUGGACUCUUGUAAAAAACUGCAUGGGAUAAACUGGGAGUAACAUAAAAAGAUUCCUAUGGGGGUGGAGUGGGGGAGUAGGAAUCAUUCAUGCUUGAUGGUAACUGACCAGUGCCCUGGCCCCACAGGCCAGCCUGUCCCCAACUGAGUGCUGUAGGGCCACCAGCUACCCACAUGAGGUCCUGACAUUCACCACUGUGCCAGAGAGGGAGGUGGUCAUGGAUCAGGGACCUCAGGUCCUCGGCCCAGCCCGCGCCCCCUUCCCUUGAAUCCUGCCACCACCACAUGCUCCUUUGCCAUCUCUACCCUUGACCUCUAGUUGAGGGAGUGAGGAUGUGGAGGUGUCAGAGGAGAUGGUGCCACCUCAGAAGACAGAAGAUGGCAGGGCAUGCCACUCCUUGUAGAAACCCAAGAUACAGUUCAAAUUCCAGAUGCUGGUCUCUAUUUACAUGGAAAGAUGCUCAUGGCGUAUUAAGUGAGAAGAGUAAGUUACAAAGUAGCAUACCUUGUAAUUUCACUUUGUUUUUUUUUUUUAAAAAUACCUGUCUAUAUAUUUAGAGAGGUCUGAAAGAGUUUACUUCAAUUGUAGGAAUGUCAGGGUGGUGGCAAUAUAGGUGAUUUUUUUUUGUUCUUUUCACUUAACUGUAUUUCCUGUUUUUUUCUACAAUGAAGAUGGAUUAUUUGUGUAAUUAUAAGAAAAGAAAUUAAUGUUGAGGUAAGCAGAGCAGACAUCAUUUCUGACUGUCCUUGGCCUCUGCUUCCCCAGAGUGAAAUUCAAGUUGAGUUGAGCUCUGCUGCUCUGGUCAGUAGCAGCAGGAUCAGGAAACAGACCUCAGCAAAGCCACAAGGUGGAGGGUGCGGUGGGUUUGUGUGGCUGGAAUCUCCCAGGUAAGGAAUUUACAGAAACAAAAUUAUCCUGUACUUCUUUCCUGGAAUGGUCACAGCCCCUGGGGUUCCAAGCCCUCUAAGAGGGUGGCUGUACUGGUUGAAUAGGGUCCCCUGAAAAUUCACAUCCUUUCUGGAACCUCAGACUAUGUCCUUAUUUGGAGAUAGGGUCUUUGUAAAUGCAUUUAAUUAAGACAAGGUCUUGCUGCAUUACGGUGGACCUAAGUCCAAUGUAACUGGUGUCCAUGUAAGAAGAGGAGAGGACACAGAGGCACAGAGGAGACACAGGGAAGGAGGCCAUGUGAAGACAGAGGCAGAGACUGGAGUGACACUACCACAAGCCAGGGACCACCAGGGGUUGUGGGAAGCACCAGAAGCUAGAGAGAGAAAAGGAAGGAUUCUACCCUAGAACCUUUAGCAGCGUCAUGGUCCCACUGAUACUUUGAUUUCAGACUUUUAGCCUUCUGAGCUGAGACAAUAAAUUUCUGUUGUUUUAAGCCACCAAGUCUGUGGUAAUUGGUUAUAGCAGCUCUGGGAAACUAAUACAGCUGCUGAAGAUCCCCGUCUCCUGUAUUCACAUCCCGUGUGUGUCCACUCCCACACUAUACCAGAGUUGUCUCUGUGACCAACAGAAUAUUGCAGAAGCUGGUAUGCCAUGUCUGAGAUUAGGUUAUAAAAGACACUGUGGCUUCUACUUGAGUGUGCUGUCUCCUCUCUGUCUCUGUCUCUGUCUCUGUCUCCCUCCCUCUCUCCACUUUAUGACUCACUUGCUCUGGGGGAAGCCAGCUGCCGUGCUACGAGCAGCCCUACAGAGACUCCUGGGGUGAAAAAUGAAAUCCCCUGCUAACAGCCACAUAAGUGAGCUUGGAAGCAGGUCCUCUCGCCCUGUCAGGCCCUCAGGUGACUGUGGCCCAGCUCACAGCUUGAUUGCAGCUCAGUGAGAUACUGAGGCAGAACCACCCAGCUGAGCUGCUUCAGAUCCCUUCCCCUCAGAAACUCUGUGGGAUAAUCCAUGUGUGUUGUUCUAAGUUGCCAUGUCUUGGGUAACUUAUUAUGCAGCAAUAGAUAACUAAUAUGCAGGGAAAUAAAAAUAAAUGCUUUUAUCUUAUUA